UUCUGUGGUUGAUAAAUUUACCAUUGGCGUUAAUUCUCUGACAAGCGAUAGACGGCCCGAGUGGACAUAACCUCAAAUAGGUGGUGUAAUUUGGGGGGCAAUGCUGCGAGCCAUCAGCAACUUCAACCCCCUGCGGGGGUCCAGUGCCAGUUUGGCUCAUUAUCACUACACCGGUUACGAUCCGUCUCUGUUGCCGCCCAAGAAGGCUCAUCGCAAACCGCGCUGGGUGCCGGUGGCGAAAAGCAAGCGCUUUCGGGUGCCCCAAAGGCCUAAAAUCGAUCAGGAUGAGUAUGUGGAGCUGUUGCGGCUGCACAACAACUACCGUAACAACGUGAAGUCGCUGAGGCACUACAUGAUCAAAAAGUACUGCGACAAGUUCCAAACCGUGACCAAUCCAGAGGAGAUUUUGGAGGUCUUUAAGGUGGACCUGGCCGAAUGUCAUGCAAUCAACGACCAGUGGAAUGCUAAAGUCAAAGUGGAGCGUGAGAGCAGAAUAGCGAGGGAACUGCAGGAAGCCAAGGAGAUCGCCAGACAGAAGCUUGAAGCUGAACAGGAGAAACAGAAGCAAAUCCUGGAACUGGCUGAGGAAAUUGUCAAAAAGGAAAAGGAGGCCUCAGCUACCUUCAUUACGGCAGAAAACAUCGACGAAGCCAUCGAUAAUGCUCUCAACGACACAGUGGACUACAACUUUGCCAUUGAUAGCAAUGGGGAGAAGCUGAGGGGCAGAGAGACGCGGCCUAGCGGGCCGCAGGAGAAAAUCAGCGUGCGACGAUAAGUCUGUACAGUAGGUUAAUAUUAAAUAAACUAUAUCACAGCAAA